UUUGUGUGUGUGUGUUUUUUCUUGCAGAUUCUUUCAGAUUAUUAGACACUUAGAUUGUUACUAUAUGAUAGUUAGGCAUAAACCAAGAACUGUUUAGGCAAGGGGCAAAAUGGACCAGUUUCCAGUGCUCCUAUAAGAAGUAACAAGAAGAAGAAGACGUACCUCCAUCCACUUAAUUAUAGUCUACAGCAGCAUCUUUGACUUUAAGUAGGUACUAGGUCUAUUUAUCCUAUGUAAUACAUAUAGCUUCAGUAAAGACUAAAGACCCAAACAAUAGAUUUGCAGUUCUUAUUUAAUUAUGUUUAAGCGUAAACUUAAAGCUUUGCUGCAUCCUGAUCCUGAUCACUUCAAUAUAAAAGAUGAUCAGAGCAUCCGUCAAUUGGUAGUCUGGCUUGAAGACCACAAAAUCCGACACUACAAGAUUGAAGACAGGACUGCACUGAAGCAAACCAAGGAUGAAAAAUGGCCAAAUGUCUUCAAAAAAUAUCUCAAUGAUCUUAAAUGUCCACAUCCUCCCCAGGCCUUGCAUUCUGUUACUGACUGGCUUUUAGGCCUUGCUGUGCAGCUGGAAUAUGGAGAAAAUGUUGAGAAGUACAGUGCUCAGAAGGCAGCGCAUGUUGCGAGUCAGCGGAGUGCAGCACCUCAGGUCGUUAACACAAAUCCCUUGGAUGCACUUGACUUCUCAUGUCCAGAGUUUAGAGAUGGGGUUAAUAAAUUGGCAGAAAUACUGAACAUCCAGGCCCAUCCUGAUCAUCUAGUCACUUUGAAAGCUGUCAGCCACCUUGUCAAGACGCGAUUGUCACAAGAGGCGUUAGCUUCUCCCGGAGAAGUCAUUCACCAGGGCAAAGCCUACCCUAUUUUCGACGCGGACCUUGGUUUUGAGAUGGGGGACAAGCGUCUGAACGACGCGGGUAAAGUGCUUCGUCUGCUCUACAUCCAAGACCUGAGAAAACUCCAGACUUCCAUCAACGAGUGCAUCGUCGCCACUCAAACCAUCACCGCUAAUCCCAAAACCGACUCACGUCUUGGCAAAGUUGGCCGCUGAGAGAAAACUUACUAUCUAGAUUUACACUCACGUGUAGACUUCUCUAUGUGACCUCUACUUCUACACUAAUAAAAUCAUCAUAAUUUAAAA